AUGCCCGCGCCGUGCGCCUCCCAGGCCAGCCUGGCCGCUCAGGCGACCGCCGAGGGCAGCCUGCUGGCCGCCGCGCUGGCCAAGGUGCGUGCGCUGCCCGAGGCGGAGCGCCCCGCCGACGCCGACGCCUGGCUGCGGUGCGAGGAGCUACAGGAUGACUUCAAGCGCCUGCUGGCCGGCUGGCGCGGCUGGCCCAAGGACGGGCGGUGCGAGGGCAGCGUCAGGGCGCUGUGCACGCUGUUUGCAGCCGUGGAUGCGGCGCCGGCGGGGCUGGAGGUCUUCCUACCCACCCAGGACCGCGACCGCUGGGACACGCGGCUGCUGGGCCCCGCUCUGCUGCCCUGCCCGGGCGGCGGGCGCAAGCGGCGGCACAACGCCCAGCUGCACAGGCAGAUCUGGGGCGCCGACCACAUUCGGGACGCCAGCAGCAACGUUUACGGCGCACGCCCUCAGCCCGACGACUUGCUCAAGUGGAUUGGCUACGCCUACUAUUGGUCCUUUGGGGCCAAGGCGCCGCUGGGUGGUGGGUUUGAGUAUGAGGUCACGGUGCAGAGCUACGUGCUCAUGUCCCAGUGCGGCCUUGCCCUCAAACAACACCCAGCAGGCGCCCCCGCGCUGCUGCACUUCAUCCACCACCAGAAGUGCGUGAUGGCAGCCACCAUGUUCCACCACCCGCAGGAGCGCCUGCACCAGCAGCUGCAGAUGGUGGCUGGCACCAGUAUCUUCCACUACAUGCUGCUCCUGCGCCCCUCCUCCCCCCGCUCCUUCGCCAUUGUGGCACACACCCUGCUGCGCCUGCACCUGCCUGAGCUGGCGCUGGUGGUGGCAGGCGAGGGCGUCCUGGCGGCGCAGCGGGGCGAGGAGCAGGGCGGGGCGGCGGCAGCAGAGCCCUACCACGCAGCCCAGCUGCAGCUGGCGGGGGCCAGGGCGCUGGCGCAUGGCGGCGCGGGAGGCGGCGAGGUGGAUGUGGGGAGGCUGAGGGAGGCGCUGGAGGCAGCCGGGGCUAGCAUGGCCCGCUGCCGACCCUGGCUGCCCACCGCUCUCAAGAACGAGCUGGCCAGGAGCCGGGCGGAGGUGGGCGUGGGCAGGCAGGCGCUGGAGGCAGCGGUGCAGCCUGGCCAGGGCGCGCGGGAGGCCUGCGGCUGCCCCACCUGCCGCGCCAGCCGCUCUAGCCGCUGCGCCGGCUGCGGCAACGUGGUGAGCGAGGUGAAGAAGUGCGGCGGGUGCAGGGCGGUGGCCUACUGCAGCUGCCAGUGCCAGGCGAGGCACUGGCGGGAGGGCCACAGGGAGGAGUAUACUGACAGCUUUACACAAGCUAUAAGUGAGUCAGAACAUGAAAGAAAGGCACAAAAAAAUGCUCACCCGGCACACCCCGCAGCCAGGAUGAGCCCAACAAUGGGCGGCGGCAGGGAAGUGCGCAGCCUGAAGGAUGCGGGCAAGGCGCUGGCGGCCUGCCAGGGCGCCGCCCCGGACACGCAGGAGGGGCAGGCGCUGCAGCUGUCCUACGCGCGCGACCGCUUUGCCGGCGACCCGCACUACCAGCAGCAGCAGCUGCUGCGGGCGGGGUGGCUGCCUCCGGAGGCGGCCGCUGAGGCGGCGCUGGCACAUGCGGGCUGGCAGCCCAAGGAGUUUGGGGAAGGGGCGGCGGCUGGGGCUGCUGCUGAGGGCGGCGGGGAGGGCAGCGGGCACCAGGAGGAUGAAGACCCUCUGGCGGCCUGGGAGCGGCAGCAGGCGGCAGAGGCGCAGGCUGCGGCAGCGGAGGAGCCCGAGGAAGGCCAGCUGCCUGCUGGGGCCGCCGGAGGGCACGAGCUGCUGGCCGCGCCAGCGGGCGGCGGCGGCGACGCGGCGGCGGCGGCGGCCCUGGUGCAGCAGCGCGCGGCGGCGGAGGCGGCCGGGUUUGCCUUUGACGCUGCCAGCGGCUACAUGCUUGAGCCGACGAGCGGGUACUAUUACGAUGCCAACACAGGGCUGUACUGCCACCCUUCCGUGGGCCAGUGGGGCACCUACGACUUCGAGACGGCGCAGUUUGUGCCGCACGACGCGGCGGCGGCGGCGGCGGCGGCCGCGGCGGCCGCCGCCCCCGGCUUCAGCAGCGCCGCCGCCGGCGCGCUGGCGCUGGGCAGCGCGCACGGCUAUGGCAGCCGCCAGCAGGCGCCCAGCCAGCACCUCAGCCUGGCCGCGCAGCAGCGGCAGCGCGAGGAGGGCGGCGGCGGCAGGCGCGGCGGCGGCGGCGGUGCCGCGCGGCCCAGGCGGGGCGCCAUCAUCGGCGCCUCUGCCAAGCUGGAUUCGCAGGGCCUGCUGGAGGCGGCCCGCGCGGCAGAGGAGAAGGUGCAGCUGCUUAGGAAGCAGCAGGAGAUGGAGGAGGCCAAGCUCAAGGCGGAGGCGAAGCGGCAGCAGGCAAAGCAGGCCAAGCAGGCGGCGGCGACGGGCGCGGCGGCGGCGAGCGUGGCAGCGGCAAGCACGGUGGCGGCGGCGGCGCCUGCGACUGGCGGCGUGCAGGGCGUGAUCCACCAGAGCGGCUGGGCCGCGGCGCGCCGCCAGCAGCAGCAGCAGCAGCAGCAGUAG